AUGAGAAUAUCGCAAAAGCUUCAACAGUUGUGUGAACAGCAGCAGACGGAUGAGAAUGGAGUCAGACGUCCAAGCUUCUCCUUUGAGUUCUUUGUACCCAAGACUGCGCAGGGUGUUCAGAACUUAUAUGAUCUUAUGGACAAGAUGUACCAGUCGCAGCCGGAGUUCAUUAAUAUAACAUGGAACGCGGGGGGUCGAAAGUCUCAGUUGACUACGGAGUUAGUUUCGACUUCGCAGAGUGUGCUAGGGUUGGAGACUUGUAUGCAUUUAACAUGUACUAAUAUGCCCUGUGAGUUGAUUGAUGAGGCGUUGAAGCAAGCUUAUGAGUCAGGGUGUCAGAAUAUUCUGGCCCUUAGGGGGGAUCCACCAAUUGUCGGUGAUACUUGGGCCCCCUGUGAACGUGGGUUUCGGUACGCUAAGGAUCUGGUGCUUUAUAUUAGGGAGAAAUAUGGAGAUCAUUUUGACAUUGGAGUAGCGGGCCACCCUGAGGGAUAUGAGGAGGAUGAAGAUCCCCAGCAAGUCCUUCGUAAUUUGAAGGAAAAGGUGGAUGCUGGCGCGAAUUUUAUUGUGACGCAGAUGUUUUACGAUGUAGAUAACUUCAUUGAUUGGUGUAGGAAAGUGCGUGAAGUUGGGAUCAAUGUGCCUAUUAUUCCAGGUAUUAUGCCUAUAACUUCGUACAGUUCGUUUUUACGUCGUGCCAAGUGGUGUCAAAUUCAUAUUCCUCAAAUGUUUUAUGAAAAGCUUGAGCCUGUAAAGGACAACGACCAGGCGGUACGUGAAAUUGGUACUAAGAUAAUGGCGGAUAUUUGUCAAAAGUUGCUUGACUCAGGGUACGUAACUCACCUACACAUGUACACGAUGAACUUGGAACAUGCCUCGUUGAUGAUCCUCGAUCGUUUAGGAGUAUUGCCGUUUGAGUAUGGGGCGGAAAAGAGUGCCAGGCGCGGUUCUAUUGAGGCGUUACCUUGGAGAAAGUCCUUGAAUCCUAACAGAAGAAACGAAUCAGUUAGGCCCAUCUUUUGGCAGAGAAGACCCUAUUCAUAUGUUGCAAGAACUGCUAUGUGGAGUGCUGAUGAGUUCCCGAAUGGUAGGUUUGGUGAUUCGUCAUCGCCUGCUUACGGUGACCUCGACCUUUGCGGCCGUACGCUUCUAAGACAAACUUACGAGCGUUCGUUGAUAUUAUGGGGUCAACCAAAGACCCUGCAGGAUUUGGCCCACUUACUCAUUACUUACUUGAAAGGAAAUAUAAAAUGUUUACCUUGGUCUGAUGUGCCCUUGAGUCGUGAAGUUGAUGAAAUUCUUGACUCGUUGCUCACACUCAACAGCAAUCUCAUAUUCACCAUUAACUCCCAGCCAAAGGUUAAUGGUGUCCCCUCAACUCACUUACUAUUUGGCUGGGGCCCUGCUGAUGGCUAUGUUUACCAAAAACAAUAUUUAGAGUUUUUGCUACCAAAGAACAAGUUAGAGGCCUUUCAUCAGGAUAUCAAUGCCAAUUAUCCAACUCUAACUUACUUCUCCGUCGACGUCCACGACAUGCUAGCAACCAAUCAUCCGGAUGAAAGUAAAGCAAACGCUGUCACAUGGGGCGUCUUUGCCGGUAGAGAAGUCCUGCAACCAACUGUUGUUGAAAAAUCAUCAUUUUUAGCUUGGAAGGAGGAAUUCUACCGUAUCCUACUGGAUUGGAAAUUAAGCUUCCAAGAAAACAAUGCAUUAGAAUCUGCAGAAUUACUCCAAACUGUAAUUGAAGAUUAUGCAUUAAUUAACAUCGUCGAUAACGAUUUUGUCACUAAAGAAGACAGAAUCUAUCAAUUAUUAUCAAAGCUGUUCUAG